AUGACAGCAGAUCAAAACAAUAACGAAACUAAUAAUAAUACUACUGAAAAUAAUAUCAACAAUAAUACAACUAAUGAUUCAAUGGGAAAUGUUGUAUAUCCUUCAAAUUCAGUGACGUCAAUAAGAUCACAAUUUUAUCCUUUGCCAAAGAUGUCCUCACCGUCACCUAUAAGUAACAAUACUAAUAGUAAUACUACUACUACUACUAAUAAUUAUAAUAAUAAUAAUAAUAAUAGUCAUAAUAUCUCUGAUACACAUACAAUAAAUAUUAAUACUAACAACAAUAAUACUGUCAUGGACAAUAGUAUUAAUGCCAACGCUAAUGGUAAUACUGAUAGCACCCAUAUUAACACUACUACUAAUAAUACUAAUAAUACUAAUACCAAUACUACUAAUAAUAAUACUGAUAAUCAUAAUAAUAAUACUAACAGUAAUACUAUUAGUAAUACUAAUGUUCAAAGAACUAAUACUAGCAUCAAUUUGAAUACCAGUAAUUCAAGUAAUAAUUAUAUAUCUAAUGAAUCUAAUAAUACCACUGGCAUUAUUUACAAUACCAGUAGUUAUACAGCAUUGCCAUAUUUAAGUACUGCAGGUCCGGCCAAUAUGCAUCCAAAUACAUCAGCUAGUGCAUCUUCAACUACUACAUCCACUCCAGUCAUUGGUAAAUCUCAUAAUUUUAAUAUUCUUAAUAAAAAUAAUUCAGAAGCCAAGAGUGCCAAUAUUGUCAACGUCUCAAAUAAUGACGCGAUUCUACAUCAAGGUCAAAAUAGUAGUGCCAAUAACGCAAAAAUUAACUCAGGUUACUCUUCUUCAGGUCAAAUGAUUCAGUUGCCAGAUAAAGUAGUUAACCAACCCCAGCAACAGGUACAACCUCUUCCUCAUAGACCAAACAUUGCGAUGCCAGCACCAUAUUAUUAUCGUGGUUCACAACCUUUGCAUCAGGUAAAUUAUUACCAACCACUUCAACCACAUUUUCAACCCGUCCCACAACAAGAAAUGAUAGCUCAAUCUCAGCAAGAAAUGAUAGCUCAAUCUCAGCAAGAAUUGAUAGCUCAAUCUCAGCAAGAAUUGAUAGCUCAAUCUCAGCAAGAAAUGAUGGUAACACCUCAGCAACAACAAAUGACCUCUCAAUUAAAAUUCCAAGCAAUGCAGCAUUAUCAACAACAUCAACACAAUCCAAGUUUUGGACAAGAUCUGAUGGCACAUAAUGAUGGAGAGUCAGUAAAUGAGAAAGGUGAAUUAAUUGGGAAAUCUGGAAAGCCUUUAAGGAAUACUAAAAGAGCAGCUCAGAAUAGAAACGCACAGAAGGCAUUUAGACAAAGAAAGGAAAAGUACAUCAAAGACUUAGAAUUUAAAGCUAAAGAUUAUGACAAAUUAGCCAUUGAGAAUAAAAUGUUAAAAGAAAAGGUGGAAGAAUUACGAAAAAUGAUCAAGAGCCUUCAAGAAAAAAAUGUCAAAUGA